CACUCUUGAAUUGAUAACAGCAAUUAUUUAUCAAUUAUUUUUGCAAUAAAAAAAUACCUAUUGAAAUAGAAGACAUGAUCGACGAAGUGAAACGAGAGAGAGCCGAUCAAUGGGUGCCAUAUUAUUCCAACGAGGUUUACUAUGGGUCAGACAGUCUGCCAUUGGGUCCCAGAGGAUAUUGCCCCCCAGAACAUCACUACCAGAGUUACGGCCACCCAUGUGAUUCAACAACUGGGGGAGAUCCAGGAAGGCUUGGUAGCCCAGUGGGAAUCCUGCCACCACCAAACCCAAAGGGAUACCCUGAGAGUGACUCCAAUGAAUCAGAGUUUCCCAUGCUGAAAUCAGUUUACCGACGGACCUUAAGCCACGCCAAGCCACCGUAUUCUUAUAUAUCACUCAUCUGCAUGGCUAUCCAGCAGUCGCCAGCCAAGAAACUGACUUUGAAUGAGAUCUACGACUGGAUCCGACAGCUCUUUCCAUACUAUAGACAGAAUCAACAACGGUGGCAAAACUCCAUCCGCCAUUCUCUCUCAUUCAACGACUGCUUCAUACGGGUACCAAGAUCACCAGACUCGCCAGGGAAAGGUUCGUACUGGGCCAUGCACCCCAACUCUGGUAACAUGUUCGAGAACGGCUGCUAUAUGCGUCGCCAGAAACGUUUCAAGUGUCAGAAGGAAAUGUCGCCUACAAAAAACUCUUCGAAAAAGGCAGAUGGAGAAGCUGUGAAAGAGGAAGGGAAGAAAAAAAAGGUGCCGGUCAAGUCAACUGUCUCCUCUUGCAAGUCACCUGUACCUUCUCCUUCGAAUGACACCACAACAUGCCAUUCAAACAUACCAGGAUCCUAUACCACCACCAAUGAACCUUCUCCUUCCCCUCUUCCCCAGCACCAUACUCAGUCACAUACUUCAUUCCUUUCCCAGCCUUCAGAUAUCUCAACACAGAGAUCUCAACCCUCUCUAAAUGUACCUUUCCCAACAAUGUCCAGCCCCAACCUACAGUCUUUACCCCCAAUGUCUUUGGAAACCAACAUACACAGCGAACCAUCUACCCAACACCCCAUCUCAGUCCCACGUCUUGUGGACUUCCAGUACUACGAGUCCCCUUUGAACUACCCAGUUUACAGCCAGUCUAAUUCCUAUCAUCAUAACCUCACUUAUCUCAGAGGAAGAGAAGAAUCCUCAUAUGUAGGAGACUCUAUGUACUACCCUGGAUUUAGUAUGUGUUCCGCAUCACUUCUGAGCUCUACCUGAUAAAUUCACCUCAAUCUAUGUAGUAUAGGAGAGUAUUGAGGCCAACUGAUGAGAUAAUGGCUUCCCUUUUUAGAUACUCAAUUAUUGAUGUAUAUACUAAUUCAUGGACAUUACAUAGCUGG